AUGAACUCAACUGGGACACUACGGCCAAGCGGUUGUACUUCCAAUAUAGUGCCAUGUCCUGCACCUGUAUUUUGUGCAACAUUACGUGAACCAUUAACGCAUAAAGCAGCUGUUUAUUAUCAUCAGCAGCUAGCACUGCAAGAAGAUCAGGGUAUUGAUUUAACACAAUCACCUGGACGUGAUUCACCUGGCUCGUCAUCAGGUUCAGCUGGUUCUGGGUCUAGACAUUCCACAGCUAGUUUGGAUUCGGGGCGAGCUUCUUCUUAUCUCACUGGCGUUUCUGGAACAUCUAUACGCGGUGGUGGUGGUCCACUUUCCUCGCCACGAUGCAGUUCAGUUAGUUCGUGUUCUAUCGGAAGUGUAGAUCGUCAACGCAGUGAUGAGCUUAUAAUUGAUUGGCUUAUGGAAAUGAAAUAUGAAGAGUAUGCACAAUUAUUUAUUGCAGCUGGUUAUGACUUACCGACAAUUGCACGUAUGACACCUGAGGACUUAACUGCCAUUGGUAUAAAAAAUCCACAUCAUCGUGAACGUAUUAAACAACGUAUCGAUAAACUACAAGUUUUAGAUAAUUUGCCACAUUUUGUACCAGGUUCAAUUGAAGAAUGGCUACAAUUAUUACGUCUUGAAGAAUAUAUACAACCACUAUUGGACCAAAGUUAUAAAACGGUACGUGAAGUGACACAGGUCACCUGGGAAGAUUUAGAAGAUAUUGGCAUUGUUAAACUGGGACAUCAAAAGAAAAUUUUACUUGCAAUUAAACGUGUAAAAGACAUAAUAAGUGGAAAAUGGAAUCCCGGUGGAUCAAACUCUUAUCAACAACAUGAAUAUCGUAAAAUUUGGCAAGACUCUUUAGAGGCAGCCUCUCCCACAUACAUUCCUACAACUCGUGUUUCUUGGGACGAUUCUAGACUGUAUGCCACUAAUGAUAAUGCUUAUUAUUGCACUGGUAGUAAUCAUGAAUGCCCUAAUGGUAAUGAUGUAGUUUUAAUCAAGGUUCGUCAGCCGAGAGGUAAAAGCUUAGAAUCAUUGGAGGACUUGCAUGACAAUAGCACACGCAGUCAUCUUACCUUCAGUCAUUAUACCGCAACUGACUAUGGACAUUUUGGACAUCCCUCACAAAUGCAUCCACAUCAACAAGCUAUGCAACAACAACAGCAACAAGUUCCACCUUUAUGCGGCAAUCGAAUGCUUAAUACCGCAGCAGCUAUGUCUUGGCGCCGUUCAUAUGAUGAUGGGGAUAUAACUCCAACGAACGAUGCCACACGUGAUUUAGUGUAUGAAGAAGGUGGAGGUACGUUACCUCGUCAACAGCGUGGUAUAUUGCAGCGUGCUGUUCUAAAUAGCAUGCCACCUUUAGAACAUCAUCACUAUAUGAAUGCGGCCGCUGCUGAAUACGUUUGUCAUGCAGCGGGUAUUGGUGGCCCGGUUUCACUUGGAGGUGGCAAUAUGAAUGUGGCAGGCGGCAUAAUAGAUAACUCCAACAUAAAUAAGCCUUAUAUAACUGGAAGCCCAUUAACAAGUAAGAAAAUUGCACCAGAGCCACCGCGACGUCAUUGCAGUAUACGAAAUUCUAGAACUCUAAGUUCAGAUGUAACACAAUUGCCACAACAAGCGCAACAAUCUUUACAUGCAGUCGCACAAAAUAUGUAUUAUGGUGCUAAUGAUGGCACUGCUAUGACAUCACAUCAUCAUGCAAGUCCGGCUUAUAUGCAACAACAAUUGCAAACAACACAACCUAUCUAUGCUAAUUAUGCUACAAUACAGCAAACAACAGCAGAAAUCCACUGUGAAAAAUUCCAUGACAAUAAGUCAAACUCAAGUAUUGAUUCCAUUGAUACCAUUCCUUUUGCUAACGAAAACACUGGUACAAUUAAACAACGCUUACUAAAUCGGCAAGAUAUGACACAACCUCAACAGCAACAAAAUCGAUUGCAUUCGUCCUCAUCAUCUUCAUCAUCAUCUUCUACAAACACAAUAGCAAAUAUUGCACACUCAGUCUCAUCACGCCACCAGGUUUCUGCAGGUAAAGAUAAGAAUCUUGUACUUAAGUAUCAGCAAAAGCAACUAUCCAACCCUUUAUAA